GAAGAACCAAAAUACGCAUGAAACGUAUGAGACGAGAAUGUGACGAAAAAAUGAAUCAACAAAACAAUGGAUGUACUGGAAAGCCAGGUGUUUUAGUGUUGACCCAUUUAAUUGCAGUUGCGAUUGGGGCUGGAGUCUUAUAUUGUGUAUUGUUCAUGAAAAAAAUUAAACGCACAUUGAAAGGUAGAAUUAAAGAUGAAAGAAACAAAGAAACUAAUAGUGUCUCUCAUAACCCACAAAAAGGUUCGAUGGAAAACUUGUCAACUCCAUGUUUAAAAGAAGACGAGGGCGUUUAUUGUGAAGUAGCAGAAAAACCGCAACCUAAGUCCUCUCAGUUUGCAAACUUUGCGUACUCGGUGGCUGAAGAUUCUGUUUUAGAGGGCCGAAAAAAUCUAAGACUCCCUGACAUUCCACAACAAGCAAUGAAAGAUGACAACCAAUACCUGACUCCUAUAAGUAGAUCUCUUCCAAACGAGUAUCUCGAUUCGUCAGGGAAGGCUUUGAAGGAUGAAAACGAAAUCUGGUCAGAGGAUGAAAAAGUCCAAAAUUCCAAUGUAUUAAACCACGACGAUAGAUUGAACGAUGCUUUUGAUACAGAGACAAUCGAUAAUUAUUUUGUUCUUGAGAACAGCACUGACAUGGAUCUCAAGUAAAAU